AGGCCGGGCCCGCUCGGCGCGGGGCGGCUGACGUGUCGUGUGGCCGUUUCUCCGCAGAUGCGGGCUGAGGUGUUGCUUCUGCCCUGCAGGGCCCGGCUGCGGCUGCUCCCGCCGCUCCGGCCGCGGCACCGAGCGGCGGGCAUCAUGAGGCUGCAGUCCCCACAGUUCCAGGCCCUCUUCACGCCGGGGCUCCGCAGCGUGGCAGAAAUGUUUGAGAAGAAGAACUAUGAGCUGAGGAUAGCAGGAGGUGCUGUGAGGGAUUUACUGAGUGGAAUGACACCACAAGAUGUAGAUUUUGCCACUACAGCUACACCCGCAGAGAUGAAGGACAUGUUCACAUCUGCUGGUGUUCGUCUCAUCAAUAACAAAGGAGAAAAACAUGGAACCAUUACUGCCAGGCUCCAUGAACAGAACUUUGAAAUUACUACUCUUAGAAUAGAUGUCGUCACUGAUGGACGACAUGCAGAGGUGGAAUUCACCACUGACUGGGAAAAGGAUGCUGAAAGGAGGGAUCUGACUAUCAAUUCCAUGUUUUUAGGUUUGGAUGGAAUGCUGUAUGACUUUUUUAAUGGAUAUGAAGACUUGAAAAACAAGAAAAUUAGAUUUGUAGGAAAGGCAACUGAGAGAAUACAAGAAGAUUAUUUACGAAUCCUAAGAUAUUUCAGGUUUUAUGGAAGAAUCGCAGAGAAACCUGAUGUUCAUGAAUCUAGUACGCUGCAAGCAAUUAAAGAAAAUGCCAAAGGUUUGGCUGGAAUAUCAGGAGAAAGGAUUUGGGUGGAACUGAAAAAAAUUCUUCUUGGAAACCAUGUAAAUCAUUUGAUUCAACUUAUGUAUGAGCUGGAUAUUGCACAGUACAUAGGACUGCCACUUGAUGGAGAUCUAGAGGAAUUUGCCAGAGUAACUAAAAAUGUACAAAACCUGUGUCCAAAACCGAUGACUGUUCUGACAUCAUUGUUCAAAGGGAAGGAUGACAUCACAAACCUUGAUCUGAGGCUGAAAAUCUCAAAAGAAGAAAAAACCCUUGGCCUUUUCAUAAUGAAGCACCGGCAAGAGUUAACCAAAGCUGUGGGUCCAGAACCACUUAAACCGUAUCAGGAUGUCAUCAUGGAUUCUAGGGAAGCUAAUACAAAUUCCAAGAUCUGUGAGCUUCUGAAAUACCAAGGAGAAGAUCAUCUUUUACAGGAGUUGCAGCAAUGGACUGUUCCUUCUUUUCCUGUUAGUGGACAUGACUUAAGAAAAAUGGGCAUAUCUUCUGGAAAAGAAAUUGGAGCAGCAUUACAGCAGCUAAGGGAGGAAUGGAAGAAGAGUGGGUAUCACAUGGACAAAGAAGAACUGUUAAGUUGCCUAAAGAAGUUGUAAAAUUGAGUAAGAAAGAGAACAGUUUUUGUCCUAUUCAAAGUGUAACUGAGAUAACAGUAAAUACUUUGAGACUGUA